GACUCUGGAGCCCGUUACAAUUUUUGUUCCUGUAAUCGUGUCGAAUUGGGCCAGCCGAAGACGCAAUCCAACUUCGUGUAGUUGAAACUGGGCCGGGAAAAUUAACGAAAGACACCAAAAAACAAAAGUAGCUGAAUAGAGAGCUCGAAAACCUUGGGGAUCAAAUCGGUAAGGAAAGUUUUCCUCAAACAGCUCUAAUCUAAAACGCCUACUGUUUUACUGCCAUUGUUGUUAUUCCGUGUGAGUGAGAGUCCAUCCUCUCUCUAGAAUCUUCUCUCGGCCAAGUCACAGGACGCGGAGCUGAUCGUCGACGACGACCGAUGGCCGAUGAUUUUGAGUUCUCCACUCCAUCGUUCGACCGCAUGGGAAAGAAUGUGGAAGCUAAAGGACUGAACCCUGGAUUGAUAGUGUUGCUGGUUAUCGGCAGCAUCGUCCUGGCGUUCCUUAUUGGGAAUUACGCGCUCUACGUGUAUGCACAGAAGACCCUGCCUCCCAAGAAGAAGAAGCCAGUCUCCAAGAAGAAGAUGAAGAGGGAAAGGCUGAAGCAAGGCGUCUCUGCCCCGGGAGAGUGACUGAAAUUCACCCGAAGCCAGCUGUUUAAUGUCUGAGUUACUAGUUUGACUAGUUUCUACUGUUGAAGUUCUCAAGUCUGUCAUUUCUCCUCCUCACCCCCUUUUGCUAGAACUCUAGACUCCAGAGAUCAUAACCAGAAACCAUCCAGUGUUUGGAUUGAGAUGAGGUUAGAAACUAAACCGCGGUUUUAUGUUGAAAGUUGAAACUACAGUUAAUUAGUGUUGUUGUGUGAUUGUCGCUCUUCCCAUUCUCCCAAAUUUUCAAAGUAUUAUGAACAACUGACGUCACAUAGCCACCAUCUCGGUUCGCUGGACUUACUUUUUACUGUUUUCCUUCUAAUGUAUGUAAUGUACUCAUUUAGAACAGUCCGUAUUAGGCAUUAAAUUAUCACCUACUCAGUCAAAUAUGAGAGCUAAGAUUAGGGAUAGUAAUCAAACUCACCACCGUGGGUAAUCGAGCGCCCCCUCGAUUCAAUUAACGUGAGGAAUCCUU